UACACGUCAGAAAUUUUUCUUCCGGUUUCAAAGUGACAGCUGUUUUGCAGUUUUAACCAUAUUUUAACAAUUAAUCAUGUUAUAAUGUAAAAAAAUAUUAAAGAAUUUUGAAGCAUGGGUACUACAUUCAUUAUUUUAGGAACAUCUAUCCUUGCUGUUUUACUUGCUGGCUACUUUGCACAGAGAUACCUUCCUCCACCCAAACCUAAAAUAGUCGGAAUUGAUCUUGGAACAACCUAUUCCUGUGUCGGGGUAUACCAUGCUGUUCUGGGAACAGUAGAUAUAUUAGAAGUACAGGAUAAACACAAAUGCAUACCAAGUGUGAUAGCAUUUAGUGUUACAGGUCAGGUGUUGGUAGGGUAUGAUGCAGUAGCCCAGGCUGAGCACAACCCAGACAAUACCAUCUACGAUGCUAAAAGGUUCAUUGGUAAAACUUUCACAGAAACAGAAAUUGUACAAGCACAAAAACAGUAUCCAUUCAAGUUAGAGGGAGAUCAGGAUGGACUAGUCCAUUUUGUAGUGAAGGUAAAUGAAACUGUGAAGAUUCUGUAUCCAGAAGAUGUUGGAGCGAUGAUAAUUGGGACGUUACGCGAGGCGGCUGCAAAUAACCUGAGUGCACCUGUUACUAAAGCCGUGUUAUCAGUGCCGGCAGAAUUUGAUGCCAGGCAGAGAAAUCAUACAAGGAAAGCUGCAAACUUAGCUGGCCUAGAAGUGUUACGAAUCAUCAACGAGCCUACAGCAGCUGCUUUAGCUUACGGAUUACACAAUAAACUAGGACUGGAGAAUGUGAUUGUGGUUGAUCUAGGGGGAGGAACUCUUGAUGUCUCAUUGCUAAAUGUUCAGGGAGGAAUGUUCCUUACACAAGCUAUGGCAGGAAACAACAGACUUGGCGGCCAAGACUUCAACCAGAGGCUGAUGUCACAUUUGCGUAAAGUUAUAGAGCAAAGAUACGGUAAACCAUUGACUGAUAGAGAAGACCUCCAGAGUUUGUUGUUGCACAUUGAGGACCUAAAAGUCAACUUGACACAGGAAAGCGACAGCGAAAUUACAUUACACUUUCAUUCGUUGACCGAAAAUAAUAAGAAUAAAGUGUUCAGUGAAAAAGUUACAAGAGAUUUGUUUGAAGAUCUGAAUAAGGAUUUGUUUGAGAAAGUUCUAGAACCUAUUGAAAUAGUGUUAAAAGCAGUAGAUUUGACUAUAGAAGAUAUAGACGAAACCGUUUUAGUUGGAGGAUCUACUAGAAUACCAAAAAUCCGAGAACUGAUCGGAGAAUUUUUCAAAAAGGCACCAAUUACAUCAGAGGACCCAGAUCUUGCAGUAGCUACGGGUGUUUCUAUACAGGCGGGUAUAUUAGGGGGCAUGUGGCCCCUUACUGUUAGUGCUGUGGAACUACCAACACGGGUUAAAAAGAUACAUGUCUAAUGCUCGAAGCUUUAAAUGUUAAUAGCUAGAUUUUCAGUUAAUAGUAUAAUAUUUCAUUUUUUUAAUGGUUUGCCUAUUUUUUAAAAUUAUUUAUCACAAGCAUUUAAUCAAAAAGUUUUAUUUAUUUACCUCUUCUUAAAGUUCUUUUUAGGUUAAAGGAGAUUUUGUAAUUUUCAGAUAAUCAAGGCCUACGAGUGGUUUAUUGCCUGUUUUAUUGCGGUUCAGAGUUGAGAUACCCAGGAAUUGAAUCACUUUGGCGUUAGCCUGGGUGGUAAAAUAUAUGUUCCCAAGCUAUUGAACAAUGAAACUUGGUAAAUUGGAUAAUAAACCACAAGAAGGCCUUGAUUGUUUUCAUUCUAACUUGCUUAUUGAAAGAUUUUGAUAAAAAUUACACAGGACUUCAGGUAUCAUAAUUUGAGGACAUAAUUGAGGUCAUAAUGUUCUCUUACCAGUCCACGUGUCAGCUGUUGUUUUUUUUUAUCACAGGAUACCGGUAUACAUUGCUUGACCAUCUUCUUUGUUUAAUUUGCUGUAAGAUUGAGCCAUCUUAGAAUGAAAGUCAAAUUUAAUAAUCAUAACAUUGGCUGGAUGGGAUAAUUUAUAAUUUUCAGCUUUGAUGAAACUGUAGCAUGUUUCUUUGUAAUAAACAUAAAUUAUAGUUUUAGACAGCAAGUUCAGUGCCAGAUUCCUCCAAUUAUUGAUGAUGAUACUCUAAAGAGAUAUCUGUAUUUUCCAAGCCAUUUAAACUUAGCCUGAAUGUUGUUGUAUCUUUCAGAUAUACAGGUACAUAAAAGUUACACAUUUGCUGGUCCAAAUGUAUUAUAGUAUUUUAAGUUAUUGUUGUAAGGAUGUUGUGUGACCUAUGAAAGUUAGUAUAGAGUUUCUUUUCUCAGUUUCUGACAUACUUUUUUUCAGUCAGCUGAGUACUCUGUUUCGGGGAAAAAAAAAUACAUUUGUACUUGUUAUACAUUUUAAUUACUUAGAAAGUCAUAGUUUUUUCCCCAUUUCAGUUUGUAAAACAAUAUUAAUUUUGUUAUUGUUAACAGUUAGCUACAGAAGAGUAUUAGUGCCAGGUGUAUGUAUUUCAAGAACUUGAAUAUUUGGCUUAGUACAUUUGCUAACAUUUUUACAUCGUGAACUUUUCCACUUUUACAGUGUACAGUGGAGCAGCUAAAAUAGAGUAAAGAAACACUGUAAAUAGAACAGCUAAAGUUAUUUAAAGAAAUGCUAUAGAUGAAUAAUGUAAAGAAAUGCUAUAGAUGAAUAAUGUAAAGAAAUGCUAUAAAUAGAACAGACCAAGUUCUGUAAAGAAAUGUUAAAAAUAGAACAGAUGAAGUACGGAAAUGCAAAGAAAUGCUAUAAACAGAACAGAUGAAGUAAUGUAAAGAAAUGCUAUAAAUAGAACAUGUGAAGUAAUGUAAAGAAAUGCUAUAAAUAGAACAUGUGAAGUAAUGUAAAGAAAUGCAGCUGGUUGAUGAGUUUGUAUUAUCUAUGAAUGGCAGUGUCAUUUAACUUACACAUGGUGCUAAUUGGUUGUUUAGGAUUUUUAGUGCAUUUAUAUUACCAUGUUUUAAUAUCUCAAGAAUAUGUAUCUGAUCUUUUAUAUUAAAUUUUAUAGUAGGAGUAGGUAGUUUUAUGACAAGCCUUUAAUCUUUGUAGACAUAUAGAUUGAACAUAUUUUAUUUUUUCAUGAUGAAUUAUUUAAACAAGUUUUUAAAAAGGACAUAACUAGAUGAGAUGUUAGAAAAUUUGUUUUUAAUAACAAAUUAGUAUUAUAAGUGCACAUGGUGGCAUCAGGACAAUGCUUGUGAUGUUGCCAGAGUAUAAUCAGUAAAUUAAAGUUAAAAUUAUUAUGUGAACAUCAGAUUGCCGUGAAAAAAAAAACUGCAUCUGCUGAUAAAUUAAAAAAGUCAAAUACAGACCAUACCGGUACUGAUGAUAAACCCGAACAGAAAAUGAGGUUUUUUACCUGUAACUUUUUUGUUUCUGCAAAUUGUAAUCAACGGUCGGUAUCAAAAUAAAGCUUAACCUUUGCUGAAAACUUUACAUAAUUCAAAUUUUUAUUUAGUAAACAAACUCACACGAAGUGAGGCCCUGAAAGGGGUAUGUAAAAAGGGGACUGUAUGAACGUUGACUGAUGAUAAAUUAGAACACUUUGUCAUUUACAAAAUUUUCUUGGUAUUAUUAUAUUGAAACUUUCCCCAAAAAGCUGCAACAGUCAUUCCUGAUCAAGUAAUGAAAAGUUACCAAAUGUCAGGCCUUCAUGUUUCGACAGUGAGCAUGCGCAAAAAACACCCUCUUCCCCAGUAAUUUUGGAUAAAUAUUUUUUAUACAAAUUUAUGUAAGUCAUUUAUUUAUACAGAAUAUUUACCAAUUUUGUUUUUAUUUACACCAGUUGGUGUUAUAAGUGGAAACUAUUAGAUGGUGUGUUCAACUUUAUAAAUAACUUUAUCAUCAGUACCAGUACUACAAAAUUAUUGAUUUAUGGGGACCUAAAUCUAUGAAAUGAAGUCCCAACCAACAAAUAAAACUCCUAUAAAUUUAAUCUUCAAAGGUUGAAAUCCAUGAACUCAAAUCCCUGGGGAAUAGCCAUUUUGCUCAAAACCAUGAAAUUUUGUGUCUACGAAGUUAGAUGAUUUCACAUUAUAAGCCAAGUUAUUGUAGAAAUUGUUACUUUGUAAACUAGUAAUAUAUUAAUGUAAAUCUAGCAGUGAGCUGCUGAAACAUCUUAUUAAGUUUAUUCUUUUUAUUACCAUUCAUGUGAAAUGCUUAUGUUCAUAGGGGCCCCAUUUGUCAAAUGGUUAUGGUUACUGACUUUGAAUCACUUGCCCUUCACUUCUGUGGGGUUGAGCCCUGGAAGGAUCGGCAUGUGCGUAAGCUCCACAACUCACUUGUGGAAGGUCACUGGUUUUACCCUGGGGUCUUUUGCCAUCUGUAAAAACUUUUUUAUUACAAUACAUAAAAUUGCAGGUUUUUUUUUCUUCUUUAUAACAAUCUAAUUAAUAGGAGUAAAUAAAACAGGUCUAAGUUUUAAAGCCUUUGUUUAAAAUUAUGGAUUUUGAUAUUUGUUAUUAAUGUUAUGUUGUCUUUGUAAACAUCAGUUGUUUUGUAGCCCGCCCGCUUAGCUCAGUAGGGAGAGCGUUGGUCUAAGGAUCGCGGGGUCGCAUGUUCGAUCCCUGGGCAGGGCGUAUGUUCUCCGUGACGAUUUGAUAAAAGACAUUGUGUCUGAAAUCAUUCGUCCUCCACCUCUCAUAAUUCAUGUGGAGAAGUUGGCAGUUACUUGCGGAAAACAGGUUUGUAUUGGUACAGAAUCCAAGAAUGUUGGUUAGGUUAACUGCCUGCCGUUACAUGACUGAAAUACUGUUGAAAAAUGGCAUUAAACCCAAAGCAGAAAUAAAUAAACAGUUGUUAUGUAAACUAAUCACGACUGUAUUCUCUUAGUGACAGUAUUUUGAUGUGUCAGUGUUGAAUUAGGUGAUAUUAGUUCAGGGUUGGCAAGCAAUUACUCAGGGUGGGAAAACCCACCUGGAAAACACAGGUUUUCUAGAGCUGGACAAUACCCACAAAAGUGGGUAAUACUGGGCAGUAGUGGGUAAUAAACAUAAAAUCAAAAAUAAAUUUCUCAUUUUUACAUGAUAUUGAUUUAAUAAGUCUUCUGUACAGUAUAUACAAAUUUGCUGCCCACUAAACACAUGCUUUACAAAGUCACAUUAAUUUUUUAGAGAAGUUCCGCACUGGGUCCUUUGGUUUCAUUGUUACCACUUUGAAACCCACACAAAGAAUGAAAAAUGUACCCAAAAUUUUUGCCAACUCUGUUGUUAAUUGUCUUUUAAUUGAAGGAUCCAACCUUUGAUGAUGUUAUUUUCAAUGUUUUAAGAUUGGCAAUAACUAGUUCUUUAAAGGUAUACUAUUGAAAAGAGGACUCUAUUAUAAAGAAAUGAUUUUAAUAAGAUUAUAACAUGACUGUUGUUUUUGUCUUUUGUUGAUACUUGUAUAUAUAUUUGUUGUUGAUUAUAUUUGUUAUUGUUAUAUUUUCCAGAAUAAGAUAUGUAAUUUUGUUAGCUUUAUAGAACACCAUGGUGAUAGGAAACUUCCAUCCUGCUUAAUAUAUCGGUAUUUAAUUGUUUCUUUUUUUGGUGCCCUCACUCAGUAUGUGAAGUAUUGCAGUUUUUGACUGCUGCUAGAUAUAAUGUAUACUGCUAAAUAUAGUGUAUACCAAUCAGUUUACACGAAUUGGUGAUCAAUUCAUAUCUAGGUAAAUCUGUCACUGUAUUGGAUGAAUAGAAUAAUGUAAACUCAAGCUGUGAACUUUAAAAUGCUGGCAUGCAUUUUUUUAUUUACAAAAAUCAUAAUAACAGGCAGUAUUUCACCGGAAUUUUGACAGAUUUUCAAUAAUGCUGGCAUUCUUUUUAACUCACCUGAGCACUGUGUCCUGAGCACAUGUGCUCAUGGUGAGCUAUUGUGAUCAUGCUGUGUCCGUCGUGCAUCCGUAAUAUUUUAUUUUGCAUAAAGCUUUACAUGAACAUUCUGGUCAAAUUUUUAGCAACCUACCUGAAACUAUUGAUUAACCUUUAGCCUGCUGGCAGCAAGUGAUUCUGCCUUUGCGACCAGUGCAGACCAAGAUUAGCCUGCACACCAGUGCAGGCUGAUCAUGGUCUGCAAUAUUCGCUAUUCAGUCAGUAAAUUUUCAGUGAACACCCCUUCGAUUAAUAAAUAGUAUUGCUUAAAUUUAAUGAUAGACCAGUCCAUUUUAGAAAUUUAGCAGGUUAAAGGAAGCAUACCAGGUAUGUCAGGUAUUACACUAGUUCAUUAAAUGAGAAUUUUUUAAACCAGUUUUCAGUAUUUUCUUGACAAGUAUUUUGUCCUACAGCCAGCCAUCCAUUUUUAUGGGUCAUUUUCAAGAUGAUGCUGAGAAAGAAAAUACAUACAGAUACAUGACAAAUUAAAGUUCUUAAAACAAUUUUCCUAUAGACAUAUUUCCACACUUUUGUAAACACAACUGCAAUUUCUGUAUUCUACACAACUUUUUUAAAGUACUCAUAAAAUUCACAUUUAGUAACAGUAUGUCUUAUGAAAUAAAAAACAAUUUUGUAAGUUUGUAAAAAAAAUGAAACAGAUUUAUAAAUGUCUACUGUUUCUUGUCAUCAUUGAUAAACUGAAAAAAAUGAAAGCUUACACCCACUACUGUAAAUGCAGAAAUGUACAGUAUAAUUGUAAAGUUUGUGUUUUUAGCUCACCUGUCACAAAGUGACAAGGUGAGCUUUUGUGAUCGCGUGGCGUCCGUCGUCCGUGCGUGCGUAAACUUUUGCUUGUGACCACUCUAGAGGUCACAUUUUUCAUGGGAUCUUUAUGAAAGUUGGUCAGAAUGUUUAUCUUGAUGAUAUCUAGGUCAAGUUCGAAACUGGGUCACGUGCAGUCAAAAACUAGGUCAGUAGGUCUAAAAAUAGAAAAACCUUGUGACCUCUCUAGAGGCCAUAUUUUUCAUGAGAUUUUCAUGAAAAUUAGUCAGAAUGUUCACCUUGAUGAUAUCUAGGUCAAGUUCGAAACUGGGUCACGUGGGGUCAAAAACUAGGUCAGUAGGUCUAAAAAUAGAAAAACCUUGUGACCUCUCUAGAGGCCAUAUUUCUCAAUGGAUCUUCAUGAAAAUUGGUCAGAAUGUUCAUCUUGAUGAUAUCUAGGUCAAGUUCGAAACUGGGUCACGUGGGUUCAAAAACUAGGUCAGUAGAUCUAAAAGUAGAAAAACCUUGUGACCUCUCUAGAGGCCAUAUUUUUCACGAGAUCUUCAUAAAAAUUAGUCAGAAUGUUCACCUUGAUGAUAUCUAGGUCAAGUUCGAAACUUGGUCACGUGGGGUCAAAAACUAGGUCAGCAGGUCUAAAGAUAGAAAAACCUUGUGACCUCUCUAGAGGUCAUAUUUUUCAAUGGAUCUUCAUGAAAAUUGGUCAGAAUGUUCACCUUGAUGAUAUCUAGAUCAGAUUUGAAACUGGGUCCAGUGUGGUUAAAAACUAGGUCAGUAGGUCUGAAAAUAGAAAAACUUUGUGACCUCUCUAGAGGCCAUAUUUUUCAUGGGAUCUUUAUGAAAAUUGGUCAGACUGUUCACCUUGAUGAUAUCUAGGUCAGUUUCGAAACUGGGUCAACUGCGGUCAAAAACUAGGUCAGUAGGUCUAAAAAUAGAAAAACAUUGUGACCUCUCUAGAGGCCAUAUUUUUCAAGAGAUCUUCAUGAAAAUUGGUCAGAAUGUUCAUCUUGAUGAUAUCUAGGUCAGGUUCGAAACUUGGUCAGGUGCAGUCAAAAACUAGGUCAGUAGGUCUAAAAAUAGAAAAACUUUGUGACCUCUCUAGAGGCCAUAUUUCUCAAUGGAUCUUCAUGAAAAUUGGUGAGAAUGUUCAGCUUGAUGAUAUCUAGGUCAAGUUCGUAACUGGGUCAUGUGCGAUCAAAAACUAGGUCAGUAUGUCGAAAAACAGAAAAACCUUGUGACCUCUCUAGAGGCCAUAUUUUUCAAGAGAUCUUCAUGAAAAUUGGUGAGAAUGUUCAUCUUGAUGAUAUCUAGGUCAAGUUUUAAAGUGGGUCACGUGCCUUCUAAAACUAGGUCAUUAGGUCAAAUAAUAGAAAAACCUUAUGACCUCUCUAAGAGGUCAUAUUUUUCAAUGGAUCUUCAUGAAAAUUGGUCAGAAUUUUUUAUCUUGAUGAUAUCUAGGUCACAUAUGCUCAAAAACUGGGUCACUAUGUCAAAUAAUAGAAAUAACGAGGUCAUACUCAGUUCAACACUUGGUCAUGUGGGAAUAGGUGAGCGAUUCAGGACCAUCAUGGUCCUCUUGUUUUUGUAGUACUAUGUAUUGGGAAUUAACAAUAUAUAACUUCCAGAAAUAUAUAACUAAUACACUUGGGUAUGGCUGUCUUAUAAAAGGUUAAAAUGUAUACAGUCAAGUCUAUUGGAAAACCUGUUUUUUGAACGUUAAUUUGGCACAUUAUGUACCGGUAGGUUAAAAGGAUGGGCCUUUGGUUGUGGGGAUGUAGCAUAUGUUUGAAUGGCAAAUUACCUGUAGUUGUACAUACAGUCAGACUUAGUCCGCUCGAACUUGGAUAUAUCGUACACCACCCUUCGCUCAACCUCAUCGCCAGGUGCAUGCAAAAUAUCUAUAUUUUUUUAUGUCUCGAAAAACCGGUGACUCAAAUAAAUUUUGCUGUUGGGUUGAGUUCGAGCGAACGCAUUUCGACUCUAUAUUAUACUUGAACUUGUUACCUCUUAGGUUACCAAGUGAGAAUAUUUCCCUCUAAAACAUCUUUGUUAUAUUUGUUUUCUAGUCAGUAUUGUAGUAUUGUCUAAUUACAUCAUUUUGUUUUUCAAUUUCAUAUUUGUCGAAAUAGGUAUUUGGUAUGUUAUGCUUACAUUAUUUCUCAUCUGAGACACUUUUAAGAUUUCCUCUACUGCUUAUAAAUGUGUUCAGAUGUCUGUGAUUCAGAUAUUUAUUUGACAUUCCUGAAAUAAAGAUCACAGUUUCCUA